GUUUGUCACACACGCAUUUACCCAUAAAAUAUUUUUCGCACAUUCAGUUCUGCAUAUUUAAUUAAAAAAUGAGGAUUUGGAUGAAAAUUGUGAUUUUAAUUGCAUUUGUGGACUUGUCGUACUCAGAAGUGUCAUCAACUUUAUCUCAGCUACAUGUGACUGAAUCUGAUGAGCCUCCAACAACAAAAAUCACAAACGAAGAUUUCAAAAUCUUUACAAUCCCUCGUGAAAAACCAGCAGAUUCUAAAGAGCAACUAUCACCAGAUGAGCUUUCAGUCCUUAAAUCAGCCGGACUGCGUGACUUAGUGAACCAAACAUUGAACAACGACAACAACUACCGAACAAAUCCCAAGAAAAUAGAAUGCAUAGUUGAAUAUUUCAAGAAAAAUAAUUUUAAUGACGAAUUUACAUCAGAAAUUGGAAGCAUACAGAACAGCACAGUCAGCAUAAAGUUUCAAAAUAGUGACAAAAAUACUCAAAAACUUCAGUCAAUUAUUGACGAUGCAAACAGCAGUUGCUUCAGUGCUGGAUUUAUAUCAAUUAUUAUUUUGUCAAUUUUGAUGGUUCUCAUUGUUGGAACUGUCGUGUGGCUUAAUAAGAAGCAAGCUCGGUGGUCAAGAUUUAAUUUAGCAUAAAACAUUAGUAAACUUUUGGAAAUAAAGUUGGAAUUUUU